AUGGAGAAGUCAGAGGCCUACCUCGAAGAUGGCAAGCAGGAACUUGAGACCAAGUCGGUCGUCAGUUCGCCUUCCGUGACAUACGACGCGCAGGCGAACGCUGCCUUGGUGCGAAAACAAGAUGUCAGAAUCGUUCCUCUCGCUGCAGCCAUAUAUCUUCUUUGCUUCUUCGACCGGUCCAACAUUGGAAAUGCCCGGGUGCUCAAUAGGGAGACUCACAACGACCUCUUGUCAGAAACCCAUAUGACGGCGUACCAAUAUACGAUUGCGCUCAUGGUUUUCUUGGUCGCCUAUGCCGUUUUCGAAGUUCCAUCCAAUUACAUGCUGAAGAAAUUCAGACCAAGUCGCUGGAUUGCUUUUCUCAUGCUUAUGUGGGGGGCCAUAACCAUGGGCAUUGGUGGGGCAAAGAAUUAUGCGACAGUUACAGCCACCCGAUUUCUCCUUGGUGUGUUUGAAGCCGGCCUUUUCCCUGGUUUGGUAUACUACCUGACCUUCUGGUACCGUCCUGAGGAGCGGUCGAUGCGGGUUGCCAUUAUCCUUGCGUCGGCUACUCUGGCUGGGGCAUUUGGUGGAGCUAUCGCGUUCGCCAUAGGACACAUGAAUCAAACACAAGGUCUCGCUGCUUGGAGAUGGCUCUUCAUUCUCGAGGGCCUCCCGUCCUGCGUAUCGUCCGUUUUCGUAUUCUAUUUCUUCCCCGACUAUCCCGAAACCGCCAGCUGGCUCUCGGAUGAGGAGAAGAAGCUUUCCGAACUCAGAUUGCGUGGCCAAGCCUCGCUCGCAAGCAGCAAAUCAAUGACGUGGGCAGAUGCGAAAGCGACUCUCACUGACUGGCGAUUGUAUGCGCAUUAUGCGAUCUACUUUGGCGUUUCGCCGCCCUUCUCCAGCUUGUCGCUGUUUGCUCCCUCGAUCACGUCCGGAUUGGGCUACACAUCUCUUCGCGCCAACUUGAUGACGGUCCCGCCGUAUGCAGUGGCUUAUGUGGUGACCAUUCUGGUUUCGUGGUCCGCCGAUCAUACAAACACGCGCGCUCUCCAUUCGGGAGUUUCUGCACUGGUGGGUGCUGCAGGCUUCAUUGCGUCGGGUGCGCUUCCAGCCCAUGCAUAUCUGCACCGUUAUGGCUGCCUCAUCGUCGCCACGUCCGGCUCAUUUGCCAGCAUCCCACCGCUUCUCGGCUGGCUCACCUCCAACCUCCACUCGACGGCAGCGGCUGGGCUUGCGAUUGCACUCAAUAUCUCCUUCGGCGCCCCGGGUCAGAUUGUCGGCGUCUGGAUUUACAAAGCCGAUGAGGCAGCCAAAGGCUACCCCACCGGCCACUGGACGAAUGCCGGCCUGCUGCUGUUUGCUGCGGCCGGCUGUCUUCUGUUAAGCCUGUAUUAUCGCGUCUUGAACUCGAGGAGAGGAGAAGACGAGAGGAAGUACGCGUAUUAG